UUCGAAUACCGCCGUCGGCCGUCUAAUCAUGUGUGUGUGUGUGUCCGUUCGUAUGUAGAUACUAACCGUGAACGAACAAGACGGCUGAGUCGGUGGUGAUAGCGCUCGACGGUCCGCGCACAAACGUCGUCCGACAGAAAAAGUGGCCAUCGCCAAAAUUAAUAUCCAAUCGUCUACUGGUCGGUGCAUCUCGACUGUCCGUCGUCUUGCGGUUGCCGACCCGAUCACCGUCGUGUCGCCAACAGUAACGCGAUCGACGAGUUAAACAUUUUUCAACGGCUUUGCGUCGGGCGGCCGCGGAGUAUUGAUAACAAGUCGUCCGUCCACUACAACAACAUGAUGCCUUUCGGUUGAACAAAGCGCGAUUUUACUCUUCACAGAAAAUCAACAGACGGGAAGCGGUAAUCGUGUGUGUGUAUGUUUAGAUUUAAUAUUCUCUCCGGGUUUUCGUUUGAUCGCAAUUUCUUUAUCGUGAAAACAUUAUCGCGAAAAGCACUUGACCCUCGUUGAAUUUCUAUUUCGGUUUCUACGCAGUCGUUGUUUACCUACCACCUCGGACGACGGCCGUCGAGUGUGUAAAUCAUUUAUGUUUUAUGAUAGACUUUUUUUGUCAAUUAUUUGAAAGAGUUUUUUGAGUUAUCUCAUGGAUUCAAUGAGGAUCUGACCUAUCCGAAAAGUAACACCCAGACCGUUUUCAGUUGUUCAAAUUUCUACUGGCCGUUAAAUGGAGUGCACGAUUCGAAGUUUUCAAAAAUCAAACUGAAUUCCAGUAAAAUCAAUGUGGGUACGAUUGUUCCAACAGUCGUUUUCUUUACACGUGGUAGACCGAGUAAAAAUAUUUUCAUAUAUAUGUCCGCGGUAAAAUGACAACAAAAGACGAAAACGUGAUAAUGAACUGCUGCAACGACGAUCGAGCAGGACACGGCGAUAGCAACACUGUAAAAAAAACUCCAAAAGUAGAUUUAAACAAAUCGGAUUUGCUAAAGUUAUUGAGCUAUUUAGAAGGAGAACUGCAGGCCAGAGAUGUCGUCAUCGCCACCUUAAAGUGUGAAAAAAUCAAAUCUAUGCUUAAGAACCGCGGGACUGAUUGUCUUCACAAAGACCCGUUGGCCGCACUUCAACGGGAUUGCUUUGCUACAUUUGACACAAACAAUGACGACGACAGUCUUUCGUAUCGGCAGUUGGGAUCGCUGGAAAAUCUGGUACUUCAACAGAGAAAAACGCAUUUGAGAAUAGCAAACGUUCUCAAAGACAAUCAGGUCAUGCACCGAAAGAUUCUCGAACUGGAACGAUUGAAAAAACAGCAAUUGGAGUACGAAUUCAAAAAACUACAGCGCGCGUUGCAAGAGGAACGCGUCAAACACAAGCAGAUGGUGUUUUUUCUGUUGGCCGAAAGAAAAAAAAUCGUUAUGAAAUAUAUCGAAGAGAGAAAACGAUCAGAAGAUUUAGGACAAAUAUUGAGUGAAGAAAAGAGUAAAAUCGAUUUGAUGGCCGAAGGCCUCGAAGAAGAAAGCAAAAAAUCUCUACAGAUGGAAGCAGACUUGGAAAAAAAUUUAGUCCUGUUUGAAAACGAAACUAAAAAACUAGUGGCCGCUUUGAGCGUGCAGGAAGAAAGGUCGAGAACUCUGGAAUUAGAAUUGACUAAAUGUCGCAGUGAAAUAGCGUCUUUAGAAAAAGAAUUGAGCGAAGCGCUUCAAGAUAAUUUACCAGAACCGUCUAAUCGAUCAUCGUCGGUUUCCAGCAGUCGAAUCGUCGUUUCGGCUCCGAGCGGCGAUCCCAUAAUGAGCAGUGUUGCCAAAGUCGUUCAGCCCACCGCAACUGCAUCGAGCGUUCGUGUUUGUGGACCAAUGACUGGAAUCGCUCGAUCGGUUACACCCGGACAGAGUUUAAGAUGCACUACCGCCGGCGGCGGACCGAUUAACGAAUGUCGGGUCGACAUCAGUCCAAACGCAAACGACGCGUCGUCUCCGGGAGGAGGAGGAGGAGGAGGUACUAUGAAAAAGCAGACUACAAUACCUUUUGCUAGAAGUACACAGUCGAUGGACGUCGUGGGUACGCCGCCGACGAGUACUGCCAUAAAAAAAUUACCCUUUGCACUUCAAAGGAACGUAUCCGUGCCAAACGUUCUCGUUUCCGAUACCGCCGGUAAAAAGCCGCUACAGGCCGCCCUGGGUCGCGGCACGCCGCCACCCGUUCCUCCGAAUAAGCCCGCAGUACCUCCCAAAAGAGAUUUGGGGUCGAUUAAGAAAUGGCAGCAGUCGUCUGCAGCAGAGAACAACGCCGUCGUCGCGUCCGCGAACGACAGGGAUCCUAAAGAAUCGGCGGCGGCCGCCGUCAUUCUCAAAGCCGAUAAUAAUAUCGCCGCACCCAAAGAAAUAACAGCAGCAGCAGCCCCCGUUGAUGACCGUCAAGAUCGAGAGUAACGAUUAACCGGAAGUGAAAAGCGCGUGUUGACUUGAAGUUGACGCGCACUAGUCGAGUGUUCAAAAAAUAAUAAUAACUGUUGGGAUUCAUUAAUUAAACACCAUCAUUGCCGUCGCUUAAAAAGUGAAUAACGUUUGACCGAACGUUGAAAUUUUUAAUUUUGCGGUUAUUAUAACACGGUAAUGGUUUUUUUUUUUUUUUAGAAGAUUAUCAACUACGCGCGAUAAAAAAUAACACGUGUGGUUUGCGAGGGCUAAUAUAAAAUUUUUACGAAUCACACGUUUUAAUCGGGGAAAAAAACAUCAGUUAUUUGAUUUAUUAAAAAAAAUUUACCGAUAUCCGCCGGCAGCUAAAUUUUGAAAGUUCCUAGCCGUUCCCUCUCCUCCCACGCGUAUUUAUCGCAGUAUUGUAUUUUUUUGUUUUGACAAUCGAAAAAUUCAUCUAUAAAAAAAAAACAUGACGCAUCACACUUUGUUGUUAUUUAAUAUUUGUAGUUUUAAUUUGUA